AGAGACCUACUGAGAUGACCGUGCCUAACAUCAGCCACAGUUGCAGUGGUGUUAACAGUGUUUGGUGCAGUAGCAGCAGCAACCAGAGACAUGGACAAGAGCAGAAUUUGAGUCCCACCGGCCACCUGAUCACAGCCAUCUGCCUUGGCAUCAUCGGGAGCCUGGGCUUCCUCAAUAAUCUCUUGGUCUUGAUACUUUUCUGCCGGAAUAAAGUGCUACGGUCUCCGAUUAACCUGCUGCUGAUGAACAUCUCUGUGAGCGACAUGAUGGUGUGCAUCAUGGGCACCCCCUUCAGCUUUGCCGCCAGCACAAAGGGACGCUGGCUCAUCGGGCCAGGUGGCUGCAUCUGGUACGGCUUCGUCAAUACCCUCUUUGGUACAGUUUCACUUAUAUCUUUGGCAGUGCUCUCUUAUGAACGCUAUUGUACAAUGAUGGGCUCUACAGAAGCAGAUGCCACAAACUAUAGGAAAAUAUGGAUGGGAAUCUUCUUAUCAUGGAUGUACUCUUUAUUCUGGACCUUACCACCCCUUUUUGGAUGGAGUAGCUAUGGACCGGAAGGACCAGGGACAACAUGUUCAGUAAACUGGCAUUCGAGGGAUGCCAACAAUAUAUCGUAUAUCAUAUGUCUCUUCAUCUUUUGCCUUGUAAUUCCUUUUUUCAUUAUUGUUUACUCUUAUGGGAAGCUGCUAUGUGCUAUAAAGCAGGUGAGUGGUGUUACUAAAGGAAUGGGCCGGACAAGAGAGCAACGUGUACUUAUCAUGGUGAUUGUGAUGGUAAUUUGUUUUCUUCUUUGCUGGCUGCCAUAUGGGAUCAUGGCCCUGAUAGCUACUUUUGGAAAACCUGGCCUAAUUACGCCAUCCGCCAGCAUCAUUCCGUCAGUCCUUGCAAAAAGUAGUACAGUCUACAAUCCAGUCAUCUACAUAUUUUUGAACAAACAAUUUUACAGGUGCUUUUGUGCACUUCUGAAAUGUGAUAAAACAUCUGCUACCACCAGCAACAAGUUUUCUUCAAAGACCACCCGAGUGUGCCGCACUACACCAAGGGUACAGGACAACAACUUCACCUUUGUUGCUGCAUCUGCAGGACCGCCAUCCUCGGAACGGCAGGAGGCCACUGUUAGCUUGCAGAAUCCAGAGCCAACCACAGACAAUGGCCGAGGGGCAAAACGAGAAGUGCUGCUUGUAGCUCACUAUAGCGCUUAAUCAAUGCGAACACUGACUUAUGCUAUGUGAUUUGGGGGUGUUGGUGGACAGGAGAAACACCUGUCAACUGGUUUUGUGAGUUUGCCUACCACUUAAAGUGAUGUAUGUUCAAUCCACCAACAAGCUGUUGCUGUCAUUCCUGAAGAUCCUGGUAAAUGGCAUUUCAGAACCUUUGGGGUUUUUUAAUUAAUUAAAACAAGGGUCUCCUCUUAAAAAGUUGGGGGAGGUGGGUAAGUUAAAAAACCCACAACACAAACACAUUCUAAAGAUUUUCCUUAUGCUAUAAAGACGUCUGAUGCCUCUUAUUAUACCCAUUGUAAGUGUCAGGUGUUCCAUCCUGGAAUUUGUCAGGAUAUUUCGUCACUGAAUAGAAACCCAGCAAAUGAGUAACUUAUUCUCCACUGGCAUGCAACAUCAGCAGUAUUCCACAGCAUAUCCUUUUCUCAAAUUAUGUAAGUAUGUGCUUUGGAUUAUACAUAUCUUAAACUCAUUUAACUCUUCAGUACAAGCCUGCAUACAUUAUAAUAUUUUUUUAAUAUCUUGAGCCACUCAGAAAUUAAGCUAUACGUAUUGGACAUUUGCCAAGGUUAAUUCUUGCUAGAUAAACUAUUCAAAAAACAAUACACAUUUUUAGGAUUCUUGAAGGAUUCUGAUUUUGGGAGAAGAGGGGAAGUUAAGCUAUAGU